AUGGGAACCAUUUUUCACUCAUUUCAAUGGUUUUCUUUGUUCUUUCUAAUUAUCUCAGUUAAUGUCUACGCUUUCAAAAUUCCAAGGUUAGGAUCGUGGCGGAGAAGCAAGGAACGUGACUCCCAGAUCAGUUCUUCUUCCUCACAUUUGGCAGAUGAUCAUGACCAGCUCAAAACAUUUUACUACACCCAAAGACUCGAUCACUUCAACUACAGACCAGACAGCUACCACACUUUCCAACAAAGAUAUAUCAUCGAUUUCAAGUACUGGGGUGGAGCAAAAUCAAGUGCACCCAUUUUUGCAUUCUUUGGUGCAGAAGGACCAGUGGAUCAGGAUAUAUACUAUGUUGGGUUUCUCAGAGAGAACGCUCCUCAGUUCAGUGCUCUUAUUGUUUAUAUUGAGCAUCGAUACUAUGGGAAAUCAAUACCUUUUGGGUCAAGGGAAGAAGCUAUGAGAAAUGCAAGUACUCGUGGCUACUUUAACUCUGCCCAAGCAAUAGCAGAUUAUGCUGCUGUGCUUCUACACGUCAAGAAAACUUUGUCUGCUCAGAAUUCCCCCAUUAUUGUUAUUGGAGGCUCUUAUGGUGGAAUGCUUGCAUCAUGGUUUCGCCUAAAGUAUCCCCACAUUGCUAUUGGUGCUCUUGCUUCAUCAGCACCAAUUCUUUACUUCAAUGGCAUUGCCCCACAAGCCGGAUACUACUAUAUUGUGACAAAGGAUUUCAAAGAAACUAGUGAGAGCUGUUACCAAACUAUACGUAAAUCAUGGUCUGAAAUUGACAGAGUUGCCAAGAAGCCUAAUGGUCUUUCAAUUUUGAGCAAGAGAUUUAAAGCUUGCGAGAAAUUGAACAAAAGUUUUGAGCUGAAGGACUACUUAGACUCGUUAUAUACUGACGCGGCUCAAUACAAUUUCCCUUCUGAGAAGCCAGUUAAGGUGAUAUGUGAAGCAAUUGAUGCUGCUGCUCACAAAACAGACAUUCUUGGCCAAAUAUUUAAAGGUGUUGUUGCUUUUAUGCGAAAUCGUUCAUGUUAUGACAUGAAUGAAUAUAAUCAUCCAACUGAAACUAACCUGGGUUGGAAAUGGCAGACAUGCAGCGAGAUGGUUAUGCCAAUAGGUCAUGAAAGGAACGAUUCAAUGUUCCCACCAUCACCUUUCAACAUGAAGAGAUUUGUUCAUGAGUGUAGGAGCUUAUAUGGUGUCCUUCCUCAACCUCAUUGGGUGACCACAUAUUAUGGGGGUCCUGAUUUGAAACUGAUUCUCCAUAGGUUUGCCAGCAACAUCAUAUUCUCCAAUGGAUUGCGAGAUCCGUACAGCUCUGGCGGGGUGUUGGAGAGUAUUUCAAACAGUGUCGUUGCUGUUACCACUGCAAAUGGGUGUCAUUGCCUGGACAUACAAUCAAGAUCAGAAAAGGAUCCAGAAUGGUUGGUGAUGCAGAGAAAUAAGGAGGUCAAAAUAAUGAAAGGUUGGAUUGCAGAGUACCAAGCUGAUCUAACAGCACUAACCAAACCAAUAAAAGCACCAACACCCAAAAAAAGUUAA